GAAAAGGUGCACUUUGAAUAUAUUAUUCCAGUGACCGGUUUCAAUCGUCUGGAACGCACCCACUGCAAUUCCCAUAAUGCAUUACGAUUUGUAUCAGGAAGUUGAAGGAGUCAGCUGACUGGAUUGUGUUGUUGUAGAAGAAGUCACUGAACUGGAUGGUAAAAUACACUUCAUAAUUUCGCCUAAAUUAAUUCAGUUGCUGCAAAGUAUUACUCACUCCAACCAUGUUGCGGCCAAAAGCAUUGACGCAAGUUCUCAGCCAGGCAAAUACAAGCGGAGUACAAAGCACACUAUUGUUAAAUAAUGAGGGGUCUCUUUUGGCUUACUCUGGCUAUGGGGACACUGACGCUCGAGUGACCGCUGCCAUUGCAAGCAACAUCUGGUCGGCCUAUGACAAGAACGGGCAUCAAGCUUUUAACGAAGAUAAACUGAAAUUCAUUCUGAUGGAUUGCAUGGAAGGCAGGGUGGCCAUCACACGGGUAGCUAACCUACUGCUGUGCAUGUAUGCCAAAGAGACAGUGGGCUUUGGAAUGCUUAAAGCCAAGGCUGAAGCAUUGGUGCUGUACCUGGAGGAACCUUUAACCCAAGUUGCUGCAUCAUAGGGGAAGUCUGGCUGGAGUGUUGUCUUCAAUUUUGUAUCCCGUGAUAAUACAUGAACACUUGUUGCUUAUGUGACUGCUUCACCUGGUCUUCAUGAAACGCUGCAGUCUGUGUAUGAAUGGACUGAGUAUUUUUCUUCUGAUUACUGUAUUUAUACCCCGUAUGUUCUAACUUAAUGCUUGAGUUUAGUAAUUUGGCCGUUUGUGGCAUGCAGUUCAAAUGUCAAGUUCACACAUUGUGUAAGGCGGGCUAUGUAAAUCUUCAAUGAAUUUCACUGCCUGUAAGAGGACUCCUUUCUCAACUGCUGAAAAUGCUGACACAUUAACUUUAAGGCAUUCGCUGUUUACCCUAGUCAGAAUAUUACAUUUAUCUGUUGUUGCCACGCAAUAACAUUUAUGAUAUCCUUUUGUAACAGGCUAUCCAUAAACUCUUUUUUUUCUCCAAUGAAAAAUCAAUAUGUAUUUGUCUUCAAAAAUAUGAAAUACAUAAAACCAUUUGAUUCA